GUUCUCUCUCCAUAUAUACUCCUUCCAUUCCCAUACGAUCCUCUAUCUUCACCACUCUUCUCUUCAGCUUCUUCUUCCCUUGCCUUUCUCCUCCUUUUCUUUUCUCUGUCCACCAUUGUGAGUUCUUCUUCUUUUUCCGUCUUUACUAAUCGUUUUGGUCCCUUGGGAUUUUCUUCUUCUUCGUCGUUGAAGCUACAGUAAUUAUAGUGAAGGAAGCAUGCCUGCCGCCGGUAUUGCUCCGGGUCCCGGCAACGGGAAGGAAUAUCCCGGCGAACUCACCCCCUAUGUCACUGUCACCUGCAUGGUCGCCGCCAUGGGAGGCCUCAUCUUCGGCUACGAUAUAGGAAUUUCAGGUGGAGUGACAUCAAUGGACUCUUUCUUGGAGAAGUUCUUCCCGUCGGUGUACCGGAAGCAGAAGGCCGACAGCUCGACAAACCAGUACUGUAAAUUCGACAGCCAGACGCUGACGAUGUUCACCUCGUCGCUGUACUUAGCGGCGUUGCUGUCGUCGCUGGUGGCGUCGACGGUAACGAGGAGGCUCGGCAGGAAGCUGUCGAUGCUGCUGGGAGGCGUGCUGUUCUGCGCCGGAGCGCUCAUCAAUGGCUUUGCUCAGGCCGUGUGGAUGCUCAUCCUCGGCCGGAUUUUGCUCGGUUUCGGCAUCGGAUUUGCCAACCAGUCUGUGCCAUUGUAUCUCUCUGAGAUGGCUCCUUACAAGUACAGAGGAGCACUGAACAUUGGGUUUCAAUUGUCUAUCACAAUCGGCAUCCUGGUGGCCGAAGUCUUGAACUACUUCUUCGCCAAGAUCGAAGGUGGGUGGGGAUGGCGGCUGAGCUUGGGCGGUGCAGUAGUCCCAGCUCUCAUAAUCACAAUCGGAUCACUAAUCCUGCCGGAAACCCCCAAUUCGUUGAUCGAGCGUGGACUGCACGAUGAAGCCAGGGCUAAACUCAAGAGAAUUCGAGGCGUUGAAGACAUCGACGAGGAGUUCAACGAUCUUAUUGCCGCCAGUGAGAUAUCAAAGCAGGUGGAGCAUCCAUGGAUGAAUCUGUUGCAGAGGAAAUACAGGCCUCAACUCACCAUGGCCAUCGUCAUUCCCUUCUUCCAACAACUCACCGGCAUCAACGUCAUCAUGUUCUAUGCUCCCGUUCUGUUCAAAACAAUUGGCUUCAAGAGCGACGCUUCGCUAAUGUCUUCUGUAAUCACCGGGGGCGUGAACGUUCUUGCAACCUUGGUUUCAGUCUACGGCGUUGAUAAGUGGGGAAGAAGAUUCUUGUUCCUCGAGGGUGGCGCCCAAAUGCUCAUCUGCCAGGCCGUUGUUGCAGCUUGCAUUGGCGCUAAAUUCGGAAUAGAUGGGAAUCCAGGGGAGUUGCCCAAGUGGUACGCCAUAGUCGUGGUGACAUUCAUAUGCAUUUACGUCGCAGGCUUUGCCUGGUCAUGGGGGCCUCUUGGCUGGCUCGUUCCUAGUGAAAUCUUCCCAUUGGAAAUCCGGUCUGCUGCUCAGAGUAUCAACGUAUCAGUUAACAUGAUCUUCACAUUCGCAGUAGCACAGGUGUUCUUGACAAUGCUGUGCCACUUGAAGUUCGGGUUGUUCCUCUUCUUCGCGUUCUUCGUGGUGCUGAUGACCAUUUUCGUGUUCAUCUUCUUGCCGGAGACGAAGAACAUCCCGAUCGAGGAGAUGGUGAUUGUGUGGAAGCAGCACUGGUUCUGGUCGAGGUACAUGCAUGAUGUUGAUUAUCCUAACAAUGGAUCCGUUGAGAUGGGAAAAGGGGGCCAGCCUGCUAAGUCUCUGUGAUUUUAAUAGUUUCUUUGUUUUUUUUUAUUUCAUAUUCUGAAAAGAACUGAUGAAUGAGAUUUUUGUCUCAUAAUUGGAUCAUCAUUUUAUUUCUGGUACUCUAGUAGCAGUAUAUAAUAUUUAUUAUUCCUUUU